AACGGUAUUCAAUUAAAUUGCUCCAGGUAUCAAAUAGGCAGCCGCUUGCUGGGUACCCCUUUUCCCUCCUUUCUUUCUCCACUCUUCUGCUGCAAAAUCUCUCCUCAUCCCUCUCACCUCUCCCCCUCUCUCUCACCUGUUCUUCUUCUCUCAGUCGUCAGACGGCAACAGGCUUCAUCAACUCCGCCUCGAAAAAUCAAUGUCCAAAAGUUUGCAGAAUCACGGGGUUCAGAGCUUGAGACACUCCAUUCAAUUGUAUCUAACAGAUUGAACAAUGAUUUCCGGUCUCGGAGAAGCAAGAGAAGAAGAACCACUGCUUACGACAAUCAAGCCGCCAAAAAAAGAUGUAGAAAGAAGCAAAAACUUGAUCGGAGUAAUGCUUUGACAUUGCCUCCAGAGAAAGAUGACAAGAAGAAUGUUCCUCGUUGCAUUCGUCGGAAAGCUGAGCUUAAAAUGAACCUUGAAAAGGGUUUCUGCACAUCAGGGGAUGGUACAAAGAGGCUUAGAACACAUGUUUGGCAUACAAAGCGGUUCACAAUGACAAAGCUUUGGGGUUACUACCUUCCCUUGGGUGUGCAGGGCAUAGGAAGGGGGUCCAGAGAUGUCUUGAAGUGGUUCAGGGAUGGAGUGCUUGUUCAUGAUGCAAGCUAUCAUGUAGCUAUCCAAUUGGAGGGCCCGGAGGAUUCGUUACUAUCAGUGUUAGGCAUGGUAAUGGUGUCUCCUCAGUCAACUCAUUCUGAAAAUGUUUCCCAUUCUGUUAUUUCUGGUGUCAUAUAUGAUAAUGCUAUGCUUCAUCAUUUGGGAGCACCUCUUUCAAAACCAAUUGCUCCUGUGAACUGUAUGUGGCGGCCUUCUGGCCAACCAAAUAGAGAUAAUAAUGCAGCUGACUGUGAAGGCGAUGAAUUCAAUGGACUAGAGGGUACAAAGCACUCUUCUACUGAUCGGCAGCUUUGGGUGUGGAUACAUGCUUCUGCUCUCACUGAAGCUUAUGACACUUUGAAAUUAGCUUGCCAAAAAGAGAUGGAGGGCAGGGGCAUCGUGAUUAAUUGUUCCUCACUUGAGGGUCAACUUGCAAAAUUAGAAUGUGUGGGAUCAAAAGCAUUUCAACUCCUUCAAGGGACAUUAAUCCCUGCUACCAGGACUAGAGAUACUUCUUGGAAGUUGAUGAGACAUUCAGCUGCCGAGGCAGAUGAGGAUUCCCAAUCUACAAUUCAUCUUAAAAGCGAGGAGAAAUUCCUUCUCAUGCAAUUUUGUCCCUUAAUGUCAAGGAUCCUCGCACAUUAACAGAGAAGGGAAACACUGCAGAUGCUCAAGAUUUAGGUUCAGCUAGUAUACUAGGUGAUGUACUAGGAACUGAAGACAAAAAGCAUGUUAUCUUUGGACGAUUUUCAGAUAAACCUGCAGGUAGUGGCAAGAUCAGCGCAAACAAUUUGUGGGAUGUUAGCAGUGGAGUAAGCCCUCCAGUGGAAGAGGCUGUUCUUUGCAAGGAAAAACAUGACAAGAAUAGGAGUUUCUUCUGCCUUGAUAACGUUUCAAAGGCUGGGCAUCCAGUUCUCUCAUGUGGCUCCCGUUGGAUCCAGUAUGCUUUUGCUGCUGCCAAUCUACAGGUAAAGCUUAAAUUUACAUACAAUUUUUUUUUAUUUUUCUUGAUUGGAAUUUGAGCUUUUGUUCCUCCUUAAUCCCAAAGUUCUGUAAUUUAUGCAACUUCGAUCGAAAGACAUGUUUUUUAUUGCAGAAAAUUGUUAACCCCAGUUGAGGUAUUCAUUUGCUCAUUAAAAUGGCGUUUUGGAUUCCAUAACUGAACCUCCUUGCUCCUCUUUUUAACUCUAGAAUCUUCAGAAUAUAUGUGGGUUCUGCUUUGAAUUUGAUAAACCUCUCUGUGUUUGUGAGCUGGUACAGUUUUUGGGUACCAAGUCAAAAUUUUGUUGGAUAGGAACCCAUAAACAAGUAUGAGGAAGUGUGUGAAUCAUCACUCAGCAAGGGUGAUUGGCGAUAGAAAUUGGGUUAUUCCAUUCAUUACUGGCUUUAUCAUAUUCAUUACCCUCUU